AUGAACGCAUUGGUACGAGCAUUCGUGGCAAUUCUCUGCAGCACGUUGGUCGGAGCAACGAUCGUAUUGACUAUGCGAACCCUCCGUGACAUGGUGGCCACGAUGCUAGCAGACCGGGCGUCCCCUCCAGCACAACUUCCUGUGCUCACGCAACCCGCUCCCACGCAGCAUAUUCCCUCAGAAUCCAAUACGAUUCGACCCACCCUUGCCGGCUUACCCACCGAUGUUCGUGCACGAAUCUUCAAACACCUUUUCAAAGGCACGAACCUACAUAUCCCUGACUACGACGAUUUGGUGGAUACAACUGAUUCUACUAUCGAUGAUUUCAAUACCGUUAGGGCAGUAUUGCAAGUCAACAAGCAGCUACGCUACGAAAGUACCAGCGCGCUUGAGAAGUCCAUUUCUAUUACCAUUGAACACAACGGACUCGUAAAGUUGGCCGCUCGAGUGUGCCCGAAAUUGAGAGAACUCAUCGUGGAGGAACAGCCUAUGACUAUCAAGAAGUACCGGAAACAUCUCCCGCACCUUCAACGCAUUAUCGUUGCUCAACCAGCAGAAGAUCCAAUCUUUUAUGAAGAGCUUGCCUGCGUGGGUUGGCAACAGUUUUUCAUGAUGCUGUGUGGACAUAAAGACACCAAGUUGCUGAACGAUCUCAAGAGACUUGCCAAACACGUGGAUAGACGGGAUGACCAUUUCCGCUUCCUGCCUAGGGACAUGACAGUGGAGAAGGGCGAGACACCAUGUGCUUUGAUCUACCGACUUGAUCAGAUGUACAUUGACUGCAAGGCAGACUGUAAGACUGGAAGUUACGGAAUUUCCGUACGAUAUCGACUGGACAUCGAUGUCACAAACUGGACAAUUGUUUAUAGAGGAAUUGACAUCAGCUCCCCAUCUGAGGCGUGCUUCUGGAUAUCUGCAGAAGAAGUCGUAAUCUUGACCAAGAAACUCGAACGCCCGGUCCUGUAUCACCCCAGCACAGGCUACACCAGGGUGCUAAUGUGGUGCAUCGAAGACGAGGAGCACGAACGGCAGGGAAUAUACAAUGAUGACUGGUGGGACUUGCGAGAAGUCAGUCCUGUGCUAGGGUGGGAACAUAGGUUCUGCGAUGAACGGACUCUCAACCGAGCACUCGAAUCACAAUGUCAGUGCAUACCCAUAGAUGCAGAAAAGCGAGUCAAGAAAGCUGUCAAACUCCUCGCCAAUAAGAAUUAA